UGUUUUCAUAUAUUAUGUGCACAACUGGCAUUAAUUGUUGUGUUUUCUUAGGUCUUUCCCACUUGUUUUUAAUCUCUGCGGGCUCUAUUGAUUUUUCUCUCGCUUGCUUCUGAGGCUGCCACCAGGAUCUCGUUGUAGUUAAGGUGGUUAAAUUCACUGCAUGACAUUUCUUGGAAAACCUCUCUAAAGCACUGAAGAGAAGGUUUUUCGACGUUUUCUCUUAAACGGGAAGAGGCUGACGGAAGUCAACAUCCAAAUGAGACUUCAAUGCCCGAGUGGCUGUCCAAAGCGAACUGGUACCAACUGGGGUGUAGGGACUGGGCUGAGCAGAGAGAUUGAUGAUGUGGUUGGUGGGGGUAUGGGGCAGACUGCUGAACUUCAACCUAGAAAGUGAUCCCUCCCAUCUGUAGUGGAAGAGGAACGACUGGACACAAUCGCCGGAACUGAACCAGGUCCCAGUUAACAGUAUGGAGGAGCUCCUACGUGAAUAAUUCAAGGAAAUUUGGUAAUGUUAGCCUAUUGAGUUGGAGGAGUUUAUCUGAACAUCAGAAAUUCUGAUAGUUUCCAAAUUCCUUGCUAUAUCGCUAAGCAUGACGACAAUGACCAUGUUGAAGAAGACUGGACUUACUACUCAAUCAUGGUUUACUCCAGUGGUGUUAAGGAAAGGACCAGACGAGCCCUCCUGAAUACUUGCCCAACUCAGCGGACCAUCAUCACCACAUCCCGGACCAUCAUCAUCACCACUGUCAUAAGCUGAUUGAGUUCCUACUAUGUAUAGGGAACUGGACUCGGAUUUGAAAACAGAAGUACGACAGUCUUCAUCCGAAGCUGGAUCACCAUAGAAGCCAGAUGAUUACCAACUAUAUCCUGUACUGCCAAGUGAUUUUGUGGAAGGAUUGGUUAGGGGAAAAUUCAGAUUCAGGCCCAGUAAACCAGUCAAAUGGUGCUGGACGUCUCUUCCUCGGAUACUGUUCCCCAGAUGUCUGAUCAUCGGGCUCAGAGACAGUGAUCUGGAGGUUAGGGAGAUUGUAGAACAAUGAGGUAUAAAGUCACGUUUGGAUAACAAAUCAACAGAAAGACCAUCUAAGAAGGGAGGAACUCAGAAGACCCCAGAAAUCUGUUAAGAAUGAGCAUUAUCAGAUCCAGGGAUUUGUCCUGUGGGGACAGACAACAAAAGAAAUUCAUGUAUAGCGAAAAACGUUCAUCGGCAAAGAUGAUGAGCAAGAUUUCUUCACUGUAUGUCCUUCCUCUAAUGGUUUUGGUGGGGAACAUAUCCUUUGUUGUUUCACUAAUUGAUCCAGAUCAUGAUUGGAUUAUUGACGACUACGAGUAUAGCAAUGAAUAUGAUGAUCUGGAAGCAACUACUGCAAUUCCCACUGAAGACACUGAUUAUUUCAACUGGCCUUAUGACUACUCCACGGAAGAGGAUCCAUGUUCAUCCAAUCCCUGUAAGAACGGAGGGGAUUGUGUUGUGAACGGUGCUUCAUUUAAGUGUACCUGUCCAGAGCCUUUCAGUGGAACCAGGUGUCAGAAAGUGAAAAACAAGUGCAUAAAGAAUGUGUGCGGCAGAGGAGAAUGCCUUAUCACGAAAACUGAGCCCUUUUAUCAGUGUGUUUGUAAACACCCCUACACUGGUCCAGGCUGCAUCAAAGCAAUUCCAGCCUGUAGACCAAACCCUUGCCAAAAUGGAGGUGUCUGCUCCCGGCACAGAAGGAGGUCCAAGUUUACCUGUGACUGCCCUGUUGGAUUUUCAGGGAAAUUCUGUGAAAUAGGUCCCCAAGACUGUUACGUAGGAGAUGGCGACAAAUACAGAGGGAAUGUGAGUAAGACUGUCAACCAGCACGUCUGUCUUCACUGGAACUCUCACCUCCUCUUGCAGGAGAAUUACAAUGCAUUUAUGGAAGAUGCAGAAAAAUAUGGCAUUGGGGAACAUAAAUUCUGCAGGAAUCCAGAUGAUGACUCACAACCCUGGUGCUUCAUUAAGGCAAACAGUAACAAAGUGAAAUGGGAGUACUGUGAAGUCACCCAAUGCUCGUCCUCAGAAGCUCUAGUGCCCAAAGAGACUCUCACCUUGUCUCCACCCGUAGUGGAUGUGUUCAACACAUGUGGCAAGCCAGAUACCAGCCGAAGAGUCCAAAGAAUAUAUGGGGGAUUCAAAACCACGCCUGGCAAGCACCCUUGGCAAGCCUCUCUCCAGACCACACUUCCUCUGACCGACUAUAUGCCUAAAGGGCAUUUCUGUGGUGGCACCUUGAUCCAUUCCUGCUGGGUUCUGACCGCUGGACACUGUGUUGAGAUCAGAGCCAAAUACCUACAGGUUGUGCUAGGGGAACAGGACCUGCUCAAGAAAGAAUUCCAUGAACAAAGGUUUGAUGUGGAGAAGAUAAUUAAAUACCACAAUUAUCAUGAAAAAAAUGACAUACCCUAUAAUGAUAUAGCUCUGGUGAAACUAAAGCCAGUAGAUGGUCACUGUGCUCAGGAAACUAAUUAUGUGAAGACUGCAUGUUUGCCUGACUCUCCAUUUCCUGUUGGAACUGAAUGUCACAUCUCCGGUUGGGGAGAAACAGAAAUAGGAGAAGGCUCUCGCCAGCUACUGGAUGCUAAAGUCAAAUUGGUCUCCCAUUCCCAGUGUAACUCUCGGCGGUCCUAUGAUAGUUUGGUUGAUGACAGCAUGUUCUGUGCAAGAAAUGUAAAGAAGCCAGGAACUGACACAUGCCAGGGAGAUUCUGGAGGUCCUUUAACCUGUGAAAAAGAUGGGACCUUCUACCUCUCUGGAAUUGUGAGCUGGGGGGACGGAUGUGGAAAGAAAUACAAGCCCGGAGUCUAUACUGAAGUGACCAAAUACCUCGACUGGAUCAAAGCCACCAUUCAAGGAAAUUCUGGCCCACGGUUGUGAGAUGGUUUCAAGCUGUGCCAAGUACCUUGAUGAAAUGAACUCCUUUAACCCACUGUUCCUCAUCAACUUUAUUGAUGGGCAUUCAGGUUUCCCAAGAAAUGGCUCCCACCAUCAAGACUGAUGGAGGACUAGAACAGAAAUAGCUGCUCCCUGUCCACUGUGUCCCAUCUGCACCAUGAACUCCCUUCUUCCUCAUUCAGCAUCUUCAAAACUGCCCUCAGCGACUUUCCCUAGAGCCGAACCUCCAUUUUAUACAGGACUCAAGUGGAAGACCACGAAUACAUUUGGCUAGUUUGCCAGCUGACACAAAUGAUGUUAUAUUCUUCAUCAAGAAGUCAUCCCCAAAUAUUGCCAGGGAACUCAAUAGAACAACAAUUAUUUGGAUUGUCUUUGAAAGGUUUAAUUACACACCAGAUAUGUGCUGGGCACUAUACAAUUCACAGACAAGAAACCUAGAUAUUAAAAUACUGAAUCAAAAAUAAAAAUAUCUGUAGUCAUUUGUAUGGCAUUAUUUUAAAAAAGAAAUCAAAAUUGAUUUUUUCUGCCAUGCUACUCAGAGAGCCAGAGAAACAAACAGCUUUGUAAGGAAAUGCUUGAAAACCUAAGAAACCAAAUGGGGACCUCUUUUCUGUUGCACUAAUCUCCUCUCCAGCUCGUUUUCCAUAUACAAGGAGCUGCUGCGUUACAGCAUCUGUGUCUUCUUCCUUCUUACUUGAAGAAUCUCAGUUGCAUCUGGAUUCACAUUUUCCUGCUGAUCUCUACUGCACUCUGGCAUUUUCUGCAGAAAUCAAAUAUAACAUCUCUUGGUAAAACAGGAAGCCCUCUGUGGGAGUAAAGGCUGAAAUGUCUUAGAUGUACUGAGAAUGUUCUCCUUUCCAAAGAAUUGCAGGCAAGAGAGAGAAAGAGACUUCAAUUCUUCACUUGGAUAUGGCCCCUUCUACAGAAGCCAACUCACAUGGAGAAUUGUUCUGAUCUGUGGUGUACUGUCUUGAUAAUGACUGCUGACGAACAGCUAGUCAUUCCCUCCUAGAGCUCAGCUCUCAAUGCAGCACCAAAGAAAGAUAAUGCAGAACGUUUAACUUGUAGUUCACUAGAAAAGCUUGUCUCAUUCCCAGGAAAUUAAAGAAUUCUCCAUUUUAUAUUUGUUUAAUAAAUGGUUGCCGAUUGUGAAAAGUGAA